AUGAGCGCAGGCGAACUCAGGCGAAUCUCAGGCUACGUGCAGCAAGACGAUGCGCUCUUCCCACACCUCACUCCUCGCGAGUCGCUCCUCUUCUCGGCGCAUCUCCGCCUGCCCUCCUCCCUGCCGCUAGCCGACAAGCUCGCGCGUGUGGACGCUCUCCUCGCCACCCUCGGCCUGCAGGCUGUCGCCCACACACGCAUCGGCAGCACAAGUGCCGGCAGCAGCAGGGGGAGGGGGUUAUCAGGAGGAGAGCGACGACGUGUGUCCAUAGGAAUGGAUUUGGUCCACAACCCAGCAGUGGUGCUGCUGGAUGAACCCACCAGUGGGCUGGACAGUGCUGCUGCUGCCAACGUGCUGGGCGUGCUGAGAGGCAUGGCCAAGGAGGGAGGGCGGACUGUGGUGCUGUCGAUACACCAGCCCAGCUUCCGCAUGCUAGAGCUCAUCGACUCCCUCCUGCUGCUCUCCCGAGGAUCUGUGGUUCACUGCGGCCCUCUCUCCCUGCUCGAGGCCCGCCUCGCUGCUGCUGGCUGCACCGUACCCAUGCGAGUCAACGCUCUCGAAUACGCCAUGGAAGGCAUGGGGUCAAGUGGCAGUGGGCUGUGGAAGCUCCUUCAGCAGCAGCAGCAUGCAGCAGCAGCAGCUGGGAACGUGUAUUUCCAUGGCGAGUCCCGUACUGGUGCCGCUGUCGCUGCUGCUGCUGCUGGCGCUGCUGCUCCUGGUGCUGAGGGUGAAACGGGUGUUGAUACUCCUACCAAAGGCCAUGCUUUUCACGAGCUUCCCCUUUCCUCAUCACCCACUCCGUCCUCCUUGCCACCAUCCUCACCGUUCCAAGAUGUUCCGAUCUCGAUCCGCGGCAACAGCAGUGGCAGCAGCAGCACCUGUAGUGGCAGUGGAAGUGACAGUGACAGCAGUAGCAUCAGCAGAGGCGACAGCAGCCGUACGGGGAGUGAAGCUUCGUCCCUCCUUCCCCAGUAUGCCACAUCGCCCCUGCACGAGAUCUGGUGGCUCAGCUGCCGCAACUUCAAGAACAUGGCCAGGACCCCAGAGCUGUGUCUAGGGAGGGCGUCUCAGGUCACCUUCACUGCCCUCUGCUUGGGGACUCUCUUCCUUCGCCUGCCGUCCAACCCUCAGGGGAUAGAGGAACGCAUGGGAUUCUUUGCCUUCUCUCUCGCCUUCCUGCUCACCUCGUCUGUCGAAGCCCUGCCUGUGUUUCUUGAGGAGAGGCAAAUCUUUCUCCGAGAAACAUCAAGAGGCGCUUACCGCAUAUCCUCGUAUGCCAUCGCUAGUGUGGCGGUGUUUCUGCCCUUCCUCCUGCUCCUCGCCCUCCUCUACUCCAUCCCAGCCUACCUCCUCGUCGGCCUGCACGCCUCCCUCUCCGCAUUCCUCUUCUUCCUCCUGGUCGUCUGGGCGGUGCUGAUCGUCGCCAAUGCCAUCGUCGCAUGCAUCGCGGCCAUGGCACCUGACUUUAUCACAGCUAACUCCAUGAUUGCUGGCCUCAUGGGGGCAUUCUUCCUCUUCUCAGGCUACUUCAUUGCCAAGAAGUACAUCCCUUCAUACUGGAUCUGGAUGCACUACCUGUCAGUCUUCAAGUACCCCUUGGAUGCUCUCAUAAUUAACGAGUACGGGAGCCACAGUGACACCACCUUCGGGCUUGCAGGCACAGGAUCACAGAAUUAUGGAUUGACAGCAGAAUCGUCAUCCAUGUUGGCAAGUGGCGUUACAGCUUUCCUUAUGCUGCCCUGCAUCUUUGCUGCUAUGCUGCUCAUGGAUUCUUUGGGUCGAAGGAAUACUUCAGCCACAGUUUCUGAUUCGAGGCACCUUCAGUCUCUUAUAAUGGCUGCUCUCGCAAACGCCGCUGUGCUCCCGUCCACCUUCGUCGGCCAGAGCGCGGAGCUCGCCGCCAAGGUGAACAAUGUGGAGGCCCGCGUGACGAUGAGGAAGACCGCCAAGGCGUCUUCCAGCAGCGCCUUCUACGGCCCCGACCGCAACCUGUUCCUGGGCCCCUUCUCCUCCCCCCCGUCGUACCUGACCGGCGAGUACCCCGGCGACUACGGCUGGGACACUGCUGGUCUGUCCGCCGACCCCGAGACGUUCGCCAAGAACCGCGAGCUGGAGGUGAUCCACGCUCGCUGGGCUCUGCUCGGCGCGCUCGGCUGCCUCACCCCCGAGCUCCUCGCGGGCAACGGCGUGAACUUCGGCGAGGCCGUGUGGUUCAAGGCCGGCGCGCAGAUCUUCUCGGAGGGCGGCCUGGACUACCUCGGCAACCCUAGCCUGAUCCACGCGCAGUCCAUCCUGGCCAUCUGGGCAACCCAGGUGAUUCUGAUGGGCGCCGUUGAGAGCUACCGCGUGGGUGGCCUCGAGGGCUUCCAAGAGGUGGAGGACCCCCUGUACCCCGGCGGUGCCUUCGACCCCCUGGGUCUGGCGGACGACCCCGACGCCCUCGCUGAGCUGAAGGUUAAGGAGCUGAAGAAUGGCCGCCUCGCCAUGGUGUCGAUGUUCGGCUUCUUCGUGCAGGCCAUCGUGACCGGCAAGGGCCCCCUGGAGAACCUGAACGACCACCUGGCCGACCCCACCGUGAACAACGCCUGGGCCUACGCCACCAACUUCACCCCCGGCGCUUAG